AUGGGCCAACGGAGCGACGACGCGGCGGCGCUGUUUGAGCGGGUGCUGUGGGAGGCCCCCGAGGACGUGCUGGGCCGGCUGCCUGCGGAGGACAAGGCCAGCCUGGCGGGGGCGUCAUGGAGCACGCUGGAGGCGGUGCUGCGGGGGAGCGACGGGACGCUGCGCAUGGGCCUGGACGACGCGUUCGUGACCCCGCUGCUCGCGCGGCUCGCGCGCGACCGGACAGGCGCUUGGAAGGGGUCGGUGGAGUGCUGCGGCGUGGGGGUGUCGGCGAGGCACGCGGGGGCGCUGGUGGGGGUGCUGAGGGACAUCAAGGCGCCGCUGACGCAGCAGAUGAACCGCUGGCUGCACCAGGCGACGGUGUGGUGGCAGUACGUGCACGGGGUGGUCGAGGCCGCGUCACAGCUGGAUCCCGGCGCGCUGCAAGUGACGAGGCUGGUGCUGCCCAGUCACGACAAGAUCGGCCCCGAAGCCGUCGUGCCCGAAGCGUUCGGGGCGAUGGAGCUGAUGUCGCUGCAGCACGUCCUGGCGUCCCCGGCGGUCCGCGACUCGCUGCGGUGCUUGCGCUUCCGGCACCACUGGGUGGAAAAGCACCUGGCAGCGCUGGCGCCGGUGCUGCGCGGGCUGCCGGCGCUGGAGCACCUGGAGUUCCUCGCGGCGCCUGACGUGGGCUUCGAAGACGCCGGGCCGUAUGACUCUGCCGGGGUCGGCCUGGUUCGAGUGCUGCGCGGAUGUCCGCGGCUGCGGCGGCUGGACGUGCUGAACACGUACUUCGGGGUCGAGGGGACGCGGGACUUCCUGGAGUGGCUGUCGAGUGCCGCGACGCUGCAGCACCUGACCCUGUAUUGCAGCUCGUUUGAGCCGGAGGCCUUUCAAGGCAAUCGAGCACUCCCCCCGGAUCUGGAGGUGUUCGACGCGCGGAUGUCCACCCUGUUCUCCGUUGACGACUGGAGCAAGUACACGAGGCUGCGGACGCUCGUGGCCGACAGGGUGAGGUGCACGAACGCGUUCAUGGACGGGCCGUGGGUCAACGCGGCAUCCACGGCGCAACUGGAGAAGCUGCUGCGGAGCAGCACCGCCCUGCGGCGUCUGGAGCUGGGAGGGCGACUUGAGUGCAAACUUGAGUGCGCCGCGUUGUGCGCGCUGCUCGCCGCGGCGCAGGACAGCACGUCGCUCGAGGUGCUCGACCUGCCUGUGGGGAAUCAUGACGUCAUGGGGGACGACGAGGGCGAGCUCUACCGUGUCGACGCAGUCCCGAAAAUAACCAGCGCCUUGACGGGGCUGCUGCGCGGCAACGUGAGCGUCCGGGAGCUGUCGCUGAGGCUGUAUGUCCCCGAACCGUACUUCGACGUUCUUGAGUUCGCGGCUGCUGUCGCGGAGAACACGAGGUUGCGGAAGCUUUCGCUCGACACCUGCUGCGUGGGGGACCAGGGCGCGGCGGCUCUUGGGGAGGCUCUGCGAGGCAGCGGUCUCAUGUCGCUCACGGUUCGGACAGCGACAGGGUUCCAGUACGACGAGCCCGGGAUGCGCAUGUCCGCUGUCGGGGCACGGAAGCUCAUCGCCUCACUCGCGUCCGGCGGCGUGCGCGUCCUGCGGGAGCUGGACCUGAGCGGCAACGACCUCGGCGGCGAGGGCGCGGCUGCGCUGGCAGCGGCGCUGCCGCGGCUGGGCCUGCGCAAGCUGGACCUGGCAUGCUGUGGCAUCGGUGAUGAGGGGGCGGUGCGCCUGGCCGAGGCGCUGAGCGCGUCGGGGCUCCAGGACGUCAGCCUGGAGCGCAACAAGGUUGGUGAUGAGGGUGCGAGGGCGCUUUCGGCGGCGAUCGAGGAUGGCACAACGCUGGUGUCGCUCAACCUGGGGGGCAACCGUAUCAGCGAAGCGGGUGGGACGCUUUUGUCGAGCGCGCUGCAAGCCCGCGACGGGAUGACAUUGGACCUGCGCGACAACAAGGUCCAAAAUGUGGGACGCGGGCUCAUGUUGUUUCUGCACGCUGAGGAGUGCACCCAGGGCAGGAUCUGGCUGUGA